AUGGGACCUCUGGAUUGGUGGGCUGAUCAUAUACUCUGUGAUUGCCAUCACCUUUUCGGUGUCUUUCCAUACGACACCUGGAUCCUUCUUCAUCGUUGUGGAUGUCAUCGUGGACGUCUUCUUUGGACUGGACAUGAUUCUGAGUUGUCGAACGGCUUUUGUGGACUCCAAUGGUCUCGUGAACACAGUUCCCUACGACAUUUACAGGCACUAUCUGAAGGGCCAAUUCUUGGUGGAUUUCCUCUCCACUGUUCCGAUUGA